CGCACGACCCUCGGCUCUGGAAACUUUGCGUCGGCGACCCCACCUGCUCCUGAGCGGUCCUGCUUCCUCGGGCGGCAGGGAUCGGAGAGGCCAGGACCGUAGGCGCGCACCCUUGUCGCUCCCUCGACCUGGCUUGCGGCAUCCUGCCCCACACCCACCCCACCCCUGCUCCUCGCGACCCUGCGGUGUCCCGCUCCGCCGAGGCCAGGGGCCGCUGCAUCCACCCGCGCAGAGCCCAGCGCGGCUCUGUGCAUCUUGCAAAGGUCUCUGGUGCAUUGGUAGAAACAACUGGACUUUCAGCGAUGCCAAGUGUUCAACUUGAGUGUUUCCCAGCGACGGUAGAUGGUGUGCACAAUGCUAAGAUACCUCUGUUUAUUCCUCCACCCCAGCACUUUUGCUCAGAGCGAAGUUUCUCUGUCUCCUGUGUCUCUGUCUCUGUCUCUCUCCGUCUCAGUGUCGAUGGUCGUGGGGAGUUGCCUGAAGAGGAUUGUAUAACUAUUUAGGUGGAUGUUGCCAGUGGUGCCAGCUACUGUUAUGGUAACUGGGCAUCCCGGAGGCAAAGGAAGAAAAGCUUUACACAUGCAGUUUUACGGUGUAGGGAUUAUUUUUUGGGUGUUGGGAUAAAAAAAAACAAAACAAAAUCACCUUGUACUUUCCACCCAGCGGGACCUUAAGGCAUUUGGCAUGUGUCGACUCGUUAGCUGUUCAUUAUAGUUUAUAAGAGGUAGGUGGAGAGCAUUACUCUACCGUUUUACAGAUGUAAAAACGGAGGCAAGUGAACUGGACCUUAAGGAAUAUGGUUCUAGAGUUUUAAGCAGUUUCUUGGACUUCGUCCUCUUAAUCAGACACUUGGAGGUGCAGUAAAAUGGGAUGUUGGGGUGGCCUCCCUGAGGUUGUCCAGAUCGGUUAAGUCAGAGGCCAGGACCAGCGGUCAGUAGCUCCAUGCCUGCCACUCAGCUCUGCCCCAGAGUGACGUGACACUGAGCGAGUGAUAACUUCUUGCUAGUUUUCCACUCCUUAAAAAUGAAAAGAACAAAGGUGCUGUAUUCUUUGCAAAGUUGCGCUCUGGAAGCUCCACUGCCUGGAGCUGCAAGGUAGUUAUUAUUGUGGCCUCAUAAAGGCCCUCCCGGGUCUCGGUUCCCUUGAGAAAUGCAGAGAGUGCGGCGCCCCCAGAGUGAAUAACCAACCGCCUCCUCUUCCACAUGGACACUGAGAGCAUUGCUACCGCGGCCCCAGUGAGGACUGAGAGCUCCCCGGAGGAGGGAAGAAGGAGCCCUGCACAGGCGGGCGGCUUGACACAGGGCUCCAUUCCUGCCUCCAGCUCUGACUCACCUUCUGACGCUUGGGGGAGGAGAGAUAGCUGCUUGGUAUUUUUGGCUUUCCCCAUAAAACAGGAGACAGUUUCCUUCAUUCCGAGUCUUCCAGGCGACAGUGUGGAACGUGUGUGUGCCGAGUGCUUACCCGAAACCUUUCAGACUGUUCGACUGCAGAUCCGCUGCAUCCACUGCAACUGGUAUUGCUUACCUCGGACUUUCUGGAUCCAGACCAGGGCUUCAUCGCUCACCGGCCCCCUCUGCAGGAGACUCGACUGUAACCUUGGAUUCUUUGGUGGAGGACAAAGAAACUGUCUGGUUUUGUCCUCGACGAUGCAAGUGUGAUUGCUGGCAUCUUCAUGAGCUCCAGAGGUCACAGUACACUACCACGGACUCUCAUGGCUCCUCGGAUGAUUUCCGAGGGAGACAUAGGAGGCAUCGCUCAAAUCACCUCCUCUCUCUUUCUGGGCAGAGGCAGUGUGGCCUCCAACCGGCACCUCCUCCAGUCUCGAGGCAUCACCUGCAUCGUUAAUGCUACCAUUGAGAUCCCCAAUUUCAACUGGCCCCAGUUUGAGUAUGUUAAAGUGCCUCUGGCUGACAUCCCACAUGCUCCCAUUAGAUUGUACUUUGACACCGUGGCUGACAAGAUCCACAGCGUGAGCAGGAAGCAUGGGGCUACUUUGGUGCACUGUGCCGCAGGGGUGAGCCGCUCCGCCACACUCUGCAUUGCGUACCUGAUGAAAUUCCACAACGUGUGCCUGCUGGAUGCGUACAACUGGGUGAAAGCCCGGAGGCCUGUCAUCAGGCCCAAUGUGGGCUUCUGGAGGCAGCUGAUAGACUACGAGUGCCAGCUUUUUGGGAAGUCAACAGUUAAGAUGGUACAGACACCUUAUGGCGUAGUUCCAGAUGUUUAUGAGAAAGAGUCCCGACACCUGAUGCCUUACUGGGGGAUUUAAUGCCACCAAAGCCUGCAUCAGCAGCCCCUUGAGCAGUACCAGCAUCUGCUCACACCAUCUGCUCCCCUCUUCCUCUUUCUUUUCAAGUGGUUGACUUUGGUUUUCCCUCAAGUGUUUUUACACUUGGUAUUCAAGUUUAAGAGAUAGGGGACGUAAGGGGAAUACAUACAUUUGCUAGUAACAUUUUUAAAAACUAGCAUUUUGAAAUAGUGUUUAUGGAAAUCUUUAACUGGCUUUUAACCAUUUUUAACAACUUGACAGUUUAAUAAACUGUUUGGUUCUGCUAUAUUCUGAAUCCCAUGCCUUUUGGCACCAUGGCAGGUGCAGGAGGAGUUCAGUCCAAAAAAUCUGAGUCCUGAUAACUCUUUGCCCACAUGCUUUGCCCGAGGCUGCUAACCAUACAGAUGCUUAGAGGAGAUCGACACCAGCUUCAGUCUCUACUGGGUAGCCCAGCUCUUUCCUUUGUCCUUUGUUAUUGACUGUAAGUUAAAAUAAGUAAACCUUUAUUAUUUGGUUGAUAAGUAAUUAUAAUGAAAUCUGCAAGACCGUCUUGAAAUCCAUGUGCCCAGGAUAUUAGCAUUAUUUUUUAAUAAAUAUAUGUGCUUAACGUAGAA